AUGCACACGAAGUCAUCACGUCACGGUGUUGCACUGAACAUACACAAUCCGCUGUCUCUAUUCAAGGGUGGCUUCAGUCGCCAUCGCGAAACGGCAUUCAUCGUGCAUGGCUUCAAUGGCACCGCUGUCGAUAUGCAUUUACAAUUUUUGAGAGAUGCUUAUUUGUCACGUGAUUUCAAUGUCAUCACCGUCGAUUGGCGACCAUUAACCCGUUACCCCUGCUAUUUGCAUGCUUUGAUCAAUACACGCCUGACUGCUCAAUGCACCGCACAGAUUUACUCCUUCCUUACGCAUCAUGGAGCAGUGCGCGAAAAAAUCACCUGCAUUGGUCAUUCACUGGGUGCGCAUAUCUGUGGCAUGAUGUCAAAUCAUUUAUCGAUAAAGCAGCAUCGGAUAAUCGGCCUCGAUCCGGCACGUCCACUUAUCGAACGCAAGAAAGGUCAUAUCUUUCGCUUAUCGAUCGAUGAUGCGAGCGUUAUACAGGUGCUGCAUACCAAUGCAGGUUUCUUGGGACAGGCAGAUAAUGUCGGACAUCUAAAUUAUUGCAUUAAUGGUGGCAAAUUUCAGCCAUUUUGUAAAGGAAACCCAAUAAGACGUUCCCGUUGCUCACAUUUCCUAAGUAUUUGCUAUCUUGCCAGUGCAAUGUUUAAGCAUAAAAAGUUCUUAGGCGUUUCCUGUCCAAACGGUUGUGUGGAGUUGCGGGGACCUAAGCGUUUACCAGUGAGCGGAAAGAAUCAUCCGUUCGGUGUUAUUUCGCAGAUAAGCGAAUAUCAUAUUGGCAACGAUGCUCCAGAUAACGCAAGGGGAUGUUACUGCAUCGAUAUGCCGUUCGUAAAACAUUGUCCAUUCAAUGAUCAGACCUAAGUGGAAAUAAUACAUAUAUGUAC